GUGUUUCCUUGUACAAACAAACAAAAAAUACAAUAAUCAAAGAAAUUAAAACCGAAAGAAAAAUUAACAACGCAAGCUCCAACACACCAGUGAUUUUUAGCACUUCGGCUGGCCGGGAAGUUCCACAAUGUUGCCUUACAAGACGAUCAACGAGGCGGAAACCGCCUUAAACGGAACACUCACCUAUGCAGAAACUCUUUGGUUUAACUACUCAGCUAAUAAAUCAGAUUUCAUUUUGUACUGCCAUAACAUUAUCUUCCUCUACGUCGUUUUUACUCUAAUCCCUCUACCACUCGUCGUUGUUGAGCUUCUUGGCGCGGCCAAGAUUGCGCGGUACAAAAUCCAGCCUAAAGUCAGGUUGUCAUUCGCUGAAAUAAUGUCUUGCUAUAAGGCCGUGAUCAAGUUAUUUUUCCUCGUUGUUGGUCCGCUUCAACUGGUCUCCUACCCUGCUUACAAGUUCAUUGGGAUAAGGACAGGAUUACAAUUGCCAUCAAAAUGGGAAAUAUUGAUGCAAUUAACAGUAUAUUUGGUAGUUGAGGACUACACAAAUUACUGGCUUCAUAGACUUUUGCAUUCGAAAUGGGGGUAUGAGAACAUUCAUAAGGUGCACCAUGAGUAUACCGCCCCUAUUGGUUUCGCAGCACCCUAUUCACAUUGGUCUGAAAUCUUGAUCCUUGGAUUUCCAGCGUUUCUUGGUCCAGCCAUGGUUCCAGGUCAUAUCACUACGUUCUUGUUGUGGAUGGUCUUGAGACACAUAGAGGCUAUUGAAACUCACAGCGGAUAUGACUUUCCAUGGACACCAACAAAGUACAUUCCGUUCUAUGGUGGCGCGGAGUACCAUGAUUACCAUCACUACGUCGGAGGACAAAGCCAUAGUAAUUUUGCUUCGGUCUUCACUUACUGUGAUUACAUCUAUGGGACUGAUAAGGGCUAUCGUUACCAAAAGAAGGUUGCAAAGUUGAAAGAAAAUUCGAGCAGCAAUGGCCAACAAGGACUCAAAAUCGAUUAGGGAUAUCCUUGGCGCUCAUUGUAUCGAUCGACCUCAAGGAAGAUGUCCAUUCGUUGUUAUUAUAAGCAAAUAAAGCUUAGCUGCUGGUCGAAUGUUGCCCCUUCUUUACAUGAUGUAGUUUCGUACAAAUUUUUAUUUUUUUAUUUGUAAUAUUAUUGCAUCCUUAUAUGGGGUUAAUAAAAACUUAAUAAAUCAGUCUAUGAUGUUCGAUGCCAUUUUUCGAGUAUCCUUAAGCUACCUUAUUAGAUCCCUUAAGCUAGUAAAUGGCAAGAUCUAUUCCAUGUUUCCAUACAUUCUACA